AUGCGGCUACUACAGCGAGAUAACGCCAACAACUACACCCUCACGGCCGCUGACAACACCCCUCCGUACGCAAUUCUCUCCCACACGUGGGGCGCCGACGAGGUGGUCUACACCGAUAUAAAGGCGAGGCCAAGUGAAUGGCAACAGAAAGUCGGCUACUGCAAGAUCCAAUUCUGCGCUGAUCAAGCGAAGCGACAUGGCCUACAACAUUUCUGGGUUGACACUUGCUGUAUCGACAAAUCUGACGGCAUCGAACUCCAGACUGCGAUCAACAGCAUGUUCAGAUGGUACCGUGAUGCGAAACGAUGCUACGUCUAUCUAUCCGAUGUUUCCUAUCCCUCGACCUCCAGUCAGCCGCCAGGGGUUGGGUCGUGGGAGGCUGCGUUCCGCGGCAGCCGUUGGUUCACGCGCGGCUGGACACUACAAGAGCUCAUCGCCCCGCAGACUGUCGAGUUCUACUCCAAGGAAGGUGUUUUCUUGGGCGACAAGAGGUCACUAGAGGCUGUCAUACGCGACGUGACAGGUAUUCCAGCAAGGGCUCUACGGGGCACACCAUUGUCUGACUUUACGACUUCCGAACGAGAGGCAUGGGCUCGCAACCGGGAAACAAAGUACGAGGAAGACAUGGCAUACUCGCUACUUGGGAUAUUCGGCGUCCACAUGCCACUCAUCUAUGGCGAGGGUCGCGAACAAGCACAGAGAAGAUUGCGAGAAGAGGUCCAGAGAUCUGUACAAGGCACUCACCACAACAAGUUCUCGAUCAGCUUCAGCCUGUCGGGCGUCCCCGAGACUCCACAUUUCGUAGCAAGAGAUGGAGAAGUAGCCGAGAUGCGGAGAGUGCUGUGCUCGGAUGGAAGCCGUCGCGUUGUCGUGCUCCAUGGUCUCGGUGGCAUUGGCAAGACACAGCUCGCUGCGACGUAUAUCAACCGAUAUCGGGACGAGUACUCUGCCAUCUUCUGGCUCAAUAUCAAGGACGAAGCGCCCAUUCAGCAGAGCUUUGCUAGGAUCGCAACGCAGAUCCUCGAACAGAAUGCCGAUGUCGGCAGCCUCAAGGGACUGGACCUGCAGCAAGACCACGACAAGAUUACUCAGGCCGUCAAGGCGUGGCUUAGCUUACCAGGCAACACCAGAUGGCUCAUUGUGUACGAUAACUACGACAACCCACAGCUUCCAGGACGGAAAACCGAUGCUGCGGUUAACAUACAUCAGUUUCUUCCGAUGGCAUGUCAGGGCUCAAUAGUGAUCACAACACGGCUGUCGCAAAUCGACAUAGGACAUCACAUCCGAAUUGAGAAACUCAAAUCCGAACACGAUAGUCUGCAAAUACUGUCGAACACAUCAGGCCGAAAUGGCUUACAAGAUGAUAGUGACGCAAAAGACCUUGUGCGAGAAUUGGACGGGCUUCCUCUCGCUCUAGCUACGGCCGGAGCAUAUCUGAAGCGCGCCCCAAUCAGCAUACGCAAGUACCUUCGCUACUACCAGGAAUCUUGGGUCAGACUUACUGGUAAUCUGCAUCUUGGAUCCUAUGCAGAUCGUACCUUGGCUACAACAUGGCAGCUGUCAUAUGAACAUGUUCAGACACAAAACCCACUUGCGGCUCAUCUGCUCCAGUGGUGGGCCUACUUCAACAACGAAGACAUAUGGUUCGGUCUUUUCCGGGCUAGAAGCGGAAUGGGCCCCGUGUGGAUGGAGCAGCUUUCAGAAGAGCUCAACUUCAACGAUGCAAUGGGCGUACUCCACGACUACGGCCUUGUCGAACCUACAACCAUAUUCCAGGAGAUACAGGGGUACAUCGAGAGCGUGGCGUCGCAGGAGAGCGAUGUUUCCUCAGAUUGGGCUUUUAAUUCUCUGGGUGAUCUCUACUCUGAUCAGGGGAAGCUGGGCGAGGCGGAGAAGAUGUACUUGCGGGCGCUCGAUGGAUAUGAGAAGGCACUGGGACCGGAUCACACAUCAACACUCGACACAGUCAAUAACCUUGGGAUCCUUUACUUGCGUCAGGGGAAGCUGAGCGAGGCGGAGAAGAUGUACUUGCGGGCGCUCGAUGGAUAUGAGAAGGCACUGGGACCGGAUCACACAUCAACACUCGACACAGUCAAUAACCUUGGGAUCCUUUACUGGCGUCAGGGGAAGCUGGGCGAGGCGGAGAAGAUGUACUUGCGGGCGCUGGAUGGGAAGGAGAAGGCACUGGGACCGGAGCACACAUCAACACUUCACACAGUCAACAACCUUGGCAACCUUUACUCUGAUCAGGGGAAGCUGGACGAGGCGGAGAAGAUGUACUUGCGGGCGCUGGAUGGGAAAGAGAAGGCACUGGGACCGGAGCACACAUCAACACUUCACACAGUCAACAAUCUCGGGAUCCUUUACUCUGAUCAGGGAAAGCUGAGCGAGGCCGAGAAGAUGUACUUACGGGCGCUGGAUGGAUACGAGAGAGCUGUUGGACUUGAUAAAGUCACGACAUACCGGCCAGCGAUCAAUACCCUUUCGAACCUAGGAUCUUUGCGCUCCAAACAGGGCAAUGUGGGUCAAGCUCGGCAAUAUUAUCAACGUGCUUACGAUGGUCUUGACCAGCUCCUCGGGCCAUUGCACCCAGCCGUCCAGUCAGCGCGGCACACCCUCGAGCUCACGAAUACCGCCUGUGUCAAAUAA